CACUCUCAGUGGUGGUGUACGCAAGCGCGGACGUUGUAUAGGAUUUUGUAUCAGUCAUUGUGUGGUGAUAACAUGAUAACAAAUUGUCAAAUUUAAAUACGUUUACCUACAGUCGACCAGUCGGCAUAUUGCAUUACGUCACAAGGUUGUCAUGGAGAAAAUAAGUAAUCCACGAGUGUGCGUAAUCGGGGCAGGUGUCACCGGGUUAUCUUCAGCCAGAUAUUUGAAGGAGGAAGGCAUUAAUUUCACCGUCCUAGAAUGUACGAGAUACGUCGGUGGUACCUGGCGAUUCGACCCCAGAGUGGGGACAGACGAAAAUGGACUGCCUCUGCAUACAAGCAUGUAUAUGCAUUUAAGGACAAAUCUGCCAAAGCCCACGAUGGAACUAAACGGGUACCGGUUACCUGAUGACACGCCUUCCUUUCUCGGUUGGGAGCGCUACUACAAGUACCUGAAUGACCUUGCCAAACAUUUUGAUAUAGAAAAGCAUAUACAAUUUCUACAUCUAGUGGUGUCAGUAAGGAGGACAGAUAACGUGUGGAAAGUUAAGCACAAACACGUCGUCACCGGAGAAAAGUUUGUAGAAGAUUAUGAUUACGUGAUAAUAGGAACAGGACAUCACAGUAAACCCAGCCGACCUGUUAUAACAGGAGAAGAGAAAUUCAAAGGAACCAUAAUCCACAGUCAUGACUACAGAACACUGGAACCUUACGCUCAUCGCCGAGUCCUCAUCAUUGGCGCCGGGCCCUCAGGCAUGGAGAUCAGCUUACUCGUAGCUGAAGUCUCCAGCCGACUGGUUCACAGCCACCACUCGCCUGCCAAAUUCGAUACCACCCACUUCCCAAGUCAUUACGUGAAGAGACCUGAUGUGAAAGAAUUGAAUGAGACGGGAGUUGUUUUCGUUGAUGGCAGUUUUGAAGAAGUUGAUGAUGUCAUUUUGUGCACAGGUUACGAAUACGAUUACCCCUUCCUCGACAGCAGUAGCGGCCUGACGUUGUCGGCGAGGAGCGUGGUCCCUCUCUACAAGUACAUGAUCAACAUACACGAACCUUCCAUGGUGUUCAUGGGGUUAGUGGUUCGCGCGUGUUUGGUUGUUGCUAUUGACGCUCAAGCACGUUACACCACAGCGCUAAUAAAGGGAAACUUCACUCUGCCGUCCGAGGAAGCAAUGAUGGCGGAUUGGCAAGCACGUGCAGAUGCACUUCUCGCUAAGGGUCGUCCGCUGAGUGAAAUACAUCUGUUAGCAGAUAAAGAGGACGACUACUACGAAGAGCUGACAAGAGAAUCCGGUAUCGCCCGAGUACCACCAGUCCUGUUCAAGAUCCGUGAUAUGGACACUAAGGCCAAACUACAAAACUUGUACACAUACCGGAAUUACGUGUACACUGUGCUUGACAAUGAAACGUUCACGCGACUCCUGGAGGACGACACAUCAAACAACACUGUUACGUAAACUCGAAGGCAAAAUUUAAAAUAAU